AUGCACUCUCUCAAGUCUUCAGAAAUAAUGGCCCCUUCCUUACGCGCACCCCAGCCGCCCCAGCCGCCACAACCGCCUCCUCCAGGAGGGCAACAGUCCUUACCACAGCUGCCCAAGCGGCCAGAGACGGCAGGCUCAAGAGGUAUGAAGUCACUGGAGAGUAUGGAGCUGACACGGCCCGACCACUGCGUUUUGAUGGGACCCGACGCUGGAUUCGAGUCCUUUAUUCAAACUGACUUGUUGGGAGGCAACUACCCCUGGGCCAACGUCCCGGUGAGCUCCAGUCAGGUCCCAAUUCUGGAGGAACAACCUGGCGGUUAUGGCGUGCCGAGGCGCCUCUUUUUCCGACCUCAAGUGACCAUCAACGUCUAUAGCACUGGUGGCUCGAGCAUGAGCGCAAGUGCAAGUGUCAGUGGAUCGGUCGCCAAAGCAACGGGGGAGGGAUCGGGGAAAGGUUCAGGCUCGGGGGCAGGUUCAGGUCUUGGGGCCGGAGUUGGUUCAGGCAAAGGCAUAGGGGCUGGUGUAGGCACUGGAACAGGUGCCGGGGCUGGCUCAGGCACGGGCAUAGGGGCGGGAAUAGGAGCUGGAAUCGGUGCAGGCACGGGCGUAGGAGCGGGACUGGGGGCGGGUAUGGGAGUUGGCGCUGGUGUAGGCACCGGAGUUGGCUCAGGGACAGGUGUUGGGGUGGCCGCAGCUGAAGAACGGGUGUGGGCGUUGGGACCGGAGAGGGCGGUUCAGGUACGGGAGGUGAUAGCAAGGAGGGGGAGGGUGGUGUCAGCACCGGCGAAGGGGGGUCAGGUACUGGAGGUGAUGUUAGAGGGGGAGAGGGCGGCACUGGGACCGGUGAAGGAGCUUCCGGCAUCGAGAGCGAUGCGCGCGGGGGCAACGCUCAAAUUGAUGGAAGUGGAGUGCCCUGGGGUCCGGCUUGGGGGCGCAAUUUGGGCCGGGUGA